CGACGGUUUGAGAGCAGGUAUUUUCUAUCUACCGCACGCAAGACUGAUCAGGGGUUGCGGUGAUACACAGAGGAUUCGGCUCAACAUUCGAUUAAACGAUGCCAGGGUAUAGGGCAUUUUUCGUUCCUGCUGUAAGUGAAAAUCUCUUAUGCCGAAUUUGUCAUUUGCCCGUUCGGAACGCUGUACAGGUCUCGGUUUGUGGGCAUCGAUUUUGCGAUUCUUGCCUCAAUGGAGCAUUGAGUAUUAACACGAGGUAAGCGAAUGACAGUUUAUUUCCAGUUGAUCUUUGUGUGAUUGAUACAGUACAUGGUUGAGGAGGUUAACUAAUACACACGAAAUUAAAGCAGAUUCUGUCUUGAAGUUUGUUUAUGUUAAAGCUAAAUUUCGAAUUGUUACCUACCUACACCGUGUUUUACAAGACGGUCAAAUUUUGGUUCAGAUCGCGACCGCUAGAUUUGUAGAUGUUAAAAUUUGUCUUGUAAUAAUUUAACCUUGUUUCGCUGGGCUUAACCUGGUUAUGUAUAGUAAAAACUUGAUAGAAUGCGCAAAUAUUUUUACAAGCAAUUUUUCAGAAUUCUCGAUUCACAGUGGGGUUCCUGGUAAAAGAUGCUUAGCUGCGAUUAUUCCAUUUCUGCAUUUUGCGGAUAGAUUUUCAAGUAAACCGAUGACUGCUGAAACCCUUGUAAAUCCUGACUCCAACAAAAUGGAGAUUGCUUGCGACCUCACGUAGCAAAUUUGCCUCAAGAAUAAGCGACGGUUAGAAAUUUACAACAGUGACCUUAAAAUACAAAGAGCCCUUCAUGAACGGAAGAUUAAAUUGUAAACAUUUAUAGUGUUCUAUGCUUUCCAAGACACAGACCGAAAAUUAGUUCGUUGCUUCAAAAAUUCCUUUAAGAAUAUUAGCACCGACCUGCAGGAAAUGUGUUCAGUAUAUACUCCAGUAUAUUGCAAAGGGAACAAAAUGCAUUACAUCCUACACUUCUUUGAUCGAAUAGUUUAAUAUUUGUUCGUUUCCUUAAAAUACCAGGUUCCCCUUAAUUCUAGAAAUUAUAUCUUAUCUUGUUUAAGCGUUUAAUUUUCCAGAAUGCACCACUGUCACACGUUGUUGCAAAUCAUCGACUUUUGUACUUUAAACUGGCUUUCCCAAAAUAGUUUUGUGCGGCUGGACAAAAUCAGAGUGCAUUUGAAACAGAGAUGGUUUUUUUCAAUGUCUCUUUGAUCCAGCCUUGUAUAAAUUAAAGCAGUCUUUCAGGAGAUAAUGGAGUAUUCUGGAGUUUGACAGUGACAGCAUACUUGUAGUUGUUAUGACAAUUAUCGCAGUUGAGAAGAAUUUCCUCCGUACGUCCUAUGAGACCGCCGUUUCCUUAAAAAAUUGUCAACCUUGACCUCAAGUUAUUCUUUUUACAUAGGAUCGUUGACAACAAUUCUGUUCUCAAUAGGAAAUGAAAUCAAAAUUGAUUAUAAAGAUACUGCAAAAUUUUCGGCCAUUCUUUCCUAUUUGGAUCAUUUGUUCCUGUCGUCUGUGUAGGAUGAAAAUUUUCUUUCAACCCCAAUUUCCGACCACUAUCCAGCCACAACGACUCGAUGACUCAAGUCGAAAAUAUUUUUGUAUCAAAAAAUCAUGAGCCAUCGCAUGUAUUCUGUAAGUGAUUUAAUUUUCGUUCAGAUAAAAAAACUUUUCGUCGCUGAAAAGGGCCCUCGAAAUUUAUUGCGAUGGAACAGAUGAUACUCUGGCUAAAAACUUUUAACAUACUGGAGUCGAGAGUAUUGAGCCUAAUAAAAGCAAAUAAUAACAUAUACAUGCAAAUUAGACGAGCUGCUCUUUUCAAAUUCCGUAUAGCAGAGACCUUGCACACAAAGAUAUUAAUUUUCUUCAGCCAGGCGGAAAAAGAACAAAAACACAUUAAGACCAUGAGGCAUUUUUCGGUUAAUCGUAAAUUAAAGGACAAAUUUUAAUUAGAGCAAAGAAAAGCUUUCAUUCUUUGGAAUGUUUACAGAACGAAAUGCUUUUCAUUCAUGUUUCGUGUAAAAUUUUGGUGAUGUGUUGUUGUUCGAUGCUGUCGGGAUAAAUUUCAAGCAAAAAUUUGCGUGACUUGUUGAUUUCAUCGUCAUAAGCCAUGACGAUUGCGGGCUGGCUGUAUGACAAAGUCUACUGUUCUUUUGGCUGGAUUGUCCAAGUUAAAAUUGCUUUUUUGACAGAAAGCUCUGCCAAACUAAGUACUUAAAUCAACACCAAAUCUUGGUCGGAGUCAGCACAUGUCAUCUUUAGCAGCUCAAAACAAUUCAUGCCACAGAAGGCUUUUACGACGGCAAACGAACAUUAGGCGCCGAACAAAUACACACUUUGCGUGUUGUCGUUUGCGGGCGGCGGCAAAGUUCUUUUUUUCGGCAAGGUGAACGAUUAUAACGAUCCAUUAAAAGAAGAACAUAAACCUUAAAACUCAUCUGAAAUCUAUGGCCACCUCUGGGAAAUUACGUUGACAAUAAUAAAAUGUGGUCUUCAACUUCUACACAACUGUUCAAAUUGAAUGUCGAAGGAAAAAUUCUUGUUCUUAGCUGGAUGUUAGAUAUUUGUUUACUCCACGUUUACUUAAGAGGGUGUAGAUUGGAGUGUUCUUUUCAAAUCGGCUCUCAUUUACAUAAAACCAAAAGAGAGGUAUCAAAAUAUAGAGCUAUCAUCUUGACAUCCUUUCCUCUUUGCGGUUUGAAUUAACGGAAAUAUCUCUUUUUGGAGUCCAAGGAUGUUUGGACAAGAAAAUAAUUCGUUGAGAAAACGGAGACCAAUUUGGAAGAUACCCAUCAGUAAACAAUUGAAAACUUCUUUCUCAUUCGGCUCCUGCUUUGCUUUUCUUUAGGAAAAACUCGUCGAAACGAAGAAGAACUGAUAUUUUGUAGAAUCCCAAUAUUUAAUAAGGUGUCUUUCUCUAAGUUUCUGUCUUUAAAUUUUGAUGUCGCCAUUUUCUUCUAUUUCUUUAAAUUUAUAAGUAGUGAAAGAAAUUGGUUUCACGGACGCAGUUUCGUACAAGUGCGCUGACUAAAACAAAUUUCGCCAGGUUUUUUUUGUGGUAGAUCGAUCAUUAUUUAGAGUUCAAUGAUACGGUCAUUUACAUAUUUCAGAGAAAUAGUCCAUAAAACCCUGAAGAAAACCUUUUAGCAAUUCGCGUGACAAGAUUGCUUGAAACGGUUUUAUGUCGCGUGUUAUUAAUAAUGCAUUUUAUGGUCUUCAUCGUCAAUCUUCGUUAUUGGUCCUUGGAUAAUACAGAAAUUUGUUUUCGCAACAACAGUAUUAAAUAUAAUAAAGUUUGGCUUUUAGUUACGCUUUGCUUUGGAAAUUCCACAUGCUAAUACCAUUGCUGCGAAAAAAGUGUCAAAUUAAAUUUAACCAGUCUUUGUUCAAAGCCCCGUUUUGAUGCAUCGGUUUGGAGAUUAAUGCCCCGCGGCCGAAAAUAAGCUAAUUAGAGGCUUUAAUCAUUGACAAAAGUUUAGAAAGCUAUUACAUGUACCUUUAAGUAUUCGUAAUUAGGAAGGGUGACGCCCAGAUUUUUGUUUGUCAAAAGAAAACUGAUACAACCGAAGCCAUUGUAGGGGCUACGAACUCAGCUGUCACACAGUCGUUGAUGAAACACGCAGUCGCUAUUUGCUAAAGCAACUUCCAAGAUCGACAAGCUUUCGCUUCUAUAAAAAAACUACAAACGGGUUCCUUCCUGUUGUAGUGUAGAUAGAAAAACAAAUGCCCCGACUUUACAUAUGGAUUAAUUCUCCUUCCUCUCCUAGACAAGCUACUCGUCUUCGAUGCCCUGUGGACAGUUCGAGUAUCGAUAUGUCUCAGGUAGGGACUGUGUUCAUAACGAACUUGCCAAUAUUUAUUAUUACCUUUAGUUCAAACCAUUUAUACAGUUUUGUAUAAGGUAGGCGGCCUUUCGGCUGAGGAAAUACGGUCCUUUUGUGAACUUCACAAGGGUCGCAUAACAAGUAAGAGUCUAGUACUCCUUAUGACAGUCUUAAUGAGUUUGAGGAGUGUCAGACAGACAUAUUUGAUUUGUCACCUGAACCAGGCUCUUUCAGUAGACCAUCAAGAAAGUGCGACUGACAAGUUUCAUUUUGUAAAAUACUUGUACUGAAAACAAAUGGUACCAUGUGAAAGUAGCGCUGAAGAAGUUUCAUUUGAAUAGUCACACUAUAGAAUUUUGACCGCAAAGUAAAAGUUAAAGGUGCAUUUCUGCUUCCAAAAUGUGGGGCUGCCCUGAAGUAUGGUGAACGCUUGGUAAGCACUUUUCAAACAAUUUCUUGGAGGAGUUCAAAGUUAGCGCCUCGCCAACUGGAUCAACAUUAAAUAAUGAGAAUUACAAAUGCAAAUCAGAACCGAAAAAAAAAAAUUAGCGUUCAGUUCAUCUGUUAAGUUUACUAAAAAAGGAAAACAUACGCCAUUGGAUUGAGUUUUCUCUGAGCUUCUGACCUUAACUCGAAUUUUAAUAUUGUUUGCUAUAUCCUGUGAUGAUCCGUUGACGAAAAAUUGCUCAUUAAAAUCUACUUUGUGCCAUGAGGGUUAAAAUCUACCCUUUCCCUUUCAAAAUCAAAUAUAGAUACAUACAUAUAACUUGGUAGCCUGAAUUUCUGCAGACAUAACUUCGAGUGGCUUACUGAGGGAGUACGCUGCUCGCGUUAAUGUUUGAAAUUCAGGUUUGUAACCUGGGUUUAGGUUUUGAGUCUGUUAAUGUCGUUAAUGAAUUCAUUCAAAAGAAACCUCUUCAGCGGUACACUUGGAGUAUAAUUUUUUUUCGUUUCCGGGUAUAUUUGGGAUUUGCGUUUUGAUGUUGGGUGUUCUAAAAUAGAGGUGAACAGUUUAACCCCUGAAUUCCGUAAGUUUAAAAUACAAAUUCUAUUUUCUUGUUUCCUACUUCGGCUUUAUUGUAGUAGUGAGGUGAAUUUAUCUCGGGUAACCAUAACAAUAGAUUAGUCAGAAAACAAAGGACACUGUAUAAAGGAAGAAAUAUUAUUGCUGAUCAAUGCUGGGUUUAACACUAAGUAGAAAGCGCCUUUUGGUGCGUUUAUGAGCAGCACAAGCCAAAGUCACAUUCAGAAAUAAGAUCACACCUCACCAAGAAAAAGCCGCUGUUUACUAUAGCUCUGAGGCGCUAAAUGAAAACGAAAGAGGGGAAAUUAUUUUCCUGACCGAUUAAAAAAUGUGUAAAGAUAUUUGAUUGAUCUAUAAAAAGGAGCUCUUAAUUACCUCAAGCUUUAUCACUUGGCCCACCCACUCGGCAUUAUAUACUGAAAGAUCAUCACGGAGAAUCUUGUUUUACAUACCUUCUGAAUACGAUUAUUUAUUGUACCAGGGCUAAAAUGAGGGUACAACAAACACGAUGGUCGCUUAAGAAGAUUCUAACGUGUAGCGCUCUGACUGGGGAAGAGGGUCGGGUGGGUAGAGGUGUUUUGGAAAACAAAUGAGAGCGGAUUCGACUGUAUUGAGACUCUUGGACUCAUAUGACGCUUGUCGCGCGAACACCGCUUUCUACCCUAGUUUAAAAAGACGACGCACACAUAUAAAUGGUUGAGCUAAGUCUUAAUUUGCUCUAGAAUGCCUCUCGAUGUGUUAAACUUUCCGUGUUGGAUUUUUCACAGAUUUACGCUGAUGACGUGACGAAUCAGAUGAUAUUUUCGCUAAAUGUCUACUGUGAUCAUUAUCAGCUGGGUUGCAAAUGGAAAGGGCACCUGAAAAAACUUGAGGUAUGUCCUGUGGAAUGUGAUGAUCGUUACAUUGAAACCGAUUUUCUUUUUUUUAUAAUGUUUACUCUUUUUUUCUCUUCUGGACCGACCAACUGUAUUAGGGCAAAGCCGGCAAAGGCAGGCCGUGGACCCAAAUUUUUCCUUACCAUAAAUUUUAUUAGCGUUGCUAAUUAGGUUAACUUUGAAUUGCCUUUCUAACAGCUAAAUUCUCCGACAUUGAAAAGGUUAUCUGUCUAGGUUAUCUAGACGUCUCCCAUGAGCACACAAAAAGAUACAAUUUUUUACGCCCUAUUAAUAGCGGCACCUCACAUGCAAACCCCCUCCCACCCCCUUUAUCUCAUAAGCAGAUUUAUCACACAGUAGGUAGAAGACAUGAUCUGCUUGCACCAGUGUGCUCAAGACAUCAAUCUUGGCUCUCUACCCAAUCCGAUUACAGUAAGCAACUUUAAAAAAGAUCAAGAAUACCUCUUAACAGGAUAAUUCGUGACUUUGAAGGUCAUGUGUCCGGCUGGUUCGGUUGUAAAAAAUGAAGAAGGAAGAUGACACAUUAGAGAAUUGCAUCCAGCUUUGUGCAAAAAUUUACGUAGUUCUGCUACUUGAAAUUAAAGAAAUCUUCCACAAAGUGUGUUUCGGCCUCUUUUGGUUUGACAAGAUUAUCUCACUUGUCACGUUUCUAUACCUUAAACAGGUUACUACCGAUAUUUCUAGCAAGUAUCAAGUUUAAUCAGAUAUGCGGAAUCAAUGAAUGAAACUGCAGAGGGUGUUUUCGAGCAAAAUAAACAGAAUUGUAGAAAGGCGUUUAAUUUUUUAAACGAAAAAUCGUAGGCUGACUACUUUUGAGGUUGUCCUUACAUUUCAGUUGGGAUGAAUGAAAGGGAAUGUCGCUCACUUUUUACCUUUCAUUCUCUAGCUACUCUAUUCGUGCCUUUAUAAUAUUCAACCCUAGCCAGAAACGCUCGCCAUUAUACUACUAGAUUUCUUACCGAACCGAGCGGAUCUAUUCUCUUAUGGUAACCGAAAUGGUAACCCCCACGUCACGGGAAAGUCUAAAAAUUGCGUUACCUUGUCACGCUCUAGGAUCACAUGGCUGGUUGCAAGUACGCCUUGGUGGAUUGCAUAGCAGGAUGCGGUCAGCGGAUUCAGCGGAGAAAAAUCACGGAUCAUGUGAAAAAGGACUGCGUGAAGCGAUGGGUGAAAUGUCCCCGGUGCAAGAAAGAGACAACCUUUGAAAAGCUACAGGUGAGAAGAAUUAUAAUAUAUUGGCUACUGUUGGGUAAAGCAAUGCCUCCCAUUCCAUAAAACAGUAAUGUUUUUAAAGUUUCAACCGUUCAGCUGGGUUUUUCCGUGGGAAAUGCACUUUAGAGGCGCCAGGCAUAUUAAAAAGAUAAAUCAGAAGCAAAUUUGUACAUAAUUGUAAAGCUUCUACCCCAACGUUUUAAGAGACAAACCAACAGGCGCUGCUUAGUAGCUUUUGUAAAGCUGUUCACUCGUAAAAACUUACAUUCCUAACGCCGGGCUCCUGAAUAAUCCAUGAUCAGUAGCUGUGCAACUGUCUUAAGUUCGAGAUUUUACCCAGACUUUUACUGAGUUAAAACCACAUUGUACGGCAUAACAAACAGUACUACAUUUAACCCUCCUUCACUUCCACACUUUCAUUUCAGUGACUGUUGAGACUAUAGUCAACCAUCUCGGUAGUUAAAAAGCCUUACGCGCAAGUAUAAUUGUAAUAGAACUCGCCGGAUCUCAUUAGAUGUAAGCUACGUGGAAACGGACGCAGCAACUCCCAACAAUGUUUGGAAUUGUUGGCCAGCAAUGCUGCGUCCUUUUGUACGGGGCUAAAUAUUUGAUUGCUUUCAAACUUUGCGCAACAACUCCCAACAACACGCGACAACAUGCAACAGGGUGUGCAAACGGACCCAGCAUUUAACAUCCAACAGUGUUGGGAGUUUUAGGGGGCUUUAGGUUAAACAGUCAUAGUUGGUAAGCCCGGUCAAGACGCACUACCUAUUUAGCAUACAACUUAGAUUAGACUGCAUCGUACAGGAGUCAGAAUUGCCCUUAUUGACGUGCCUUACUGUUUACACUACCUUAUAUAGAACCACAACUGUCCUGCAGCCAGGCGAAACCCGGAUGAAGAAAUAAUCAUGUGCAGUAAUGGCUGCGGGAGUAGAAUGAAAAGGCAUCAGAUGCCGCUGCACUUGAGGAACGAGUGUUCACAUCGAUGGGUCUACUGCGAAUACUGCUCAGUAGAGAUUGUCUUUAAAGAUAAACAGGUGCGAAUGUUUAUCAUCUUUUUGAGGCGCAAAGCCGCUAAUCCUUGCAUUUGCCAGGGAAAACAAACGCAUGCAGACGCCGCAAAGAACAAACCAUAACCACAAAGGCAGGCGCACGAAAUUUCCACAUGGGGGGGGGAUGCGCCCUAAUAAGGACAAGUCAUUUUUGCCGUUACUAAUCUACAUCAAGUAGGGAACUUAUUCCAAGUUUUGCUUUACAGAGCAUUUCUUCCAUUUAAAAUUUCGUUCAAGGAGAAUCAUCCUUUACAGCUUAGUUACUCAUAACAAUGUGACUCAUGUCGCCGAUGUUACGUUAGUUGCACUUAAAGCGAAGAAAGCGAAUUCAAAGCUUAGAUUACUUGCAUGGACCGUAGAUGCGUGAAUUCACCCCGGAUGCAACACUCGCUGAGCAAUCAUUUCUUUUCUUUUGUACAGGAACACUUGAGACGUUGUCGACGCCUUCCGUCGGAAUCCGAGCCGCCACCGUUAAAAAGAGGAGGAAACCACCGACAGAGCAUGCCUCAUAAUUCAGUCCGUUUCGACACGCGACAUUUGCGUGGUGGUAACCGCAGCAAUAGUGCCUCUCAGGAAGCAUUGGCCCCAAACCCUUCGCCACCGCUUCGCUCUGUCUCGUUUCCAGCCCACCUCAAUUACGUUGGGCGCGAGGAGUUUGAAAGCGCUGUAGUUUACCGUGGGUCGGAACGAGCCAGAUCGGUCACAACAAGUCAAGUGGAACUUGAAAGCCAGUCUGACAUUUUCACUUGUACUUGUGGACAAAGAAUAGCACGUGGUGAGAUCACUAUGCACAUGUCAGAGGAAUGUCCCAGGAGACUGACUAAAUGCCAGUACUGUCGUGCGCAAGUCAAGUUUGAGGAUAUGCAGGUCUGUAGCUUCUGUACCUCUCUGGCGAUCAUGACACCAAAUUAUUAACGUAUACACAAACGUAGGGUCUUUUUAGGAAGAGACGGGGUGGCUGAGCAGUUAGGGCGCUGGAAUUAUGAUCCGGAGGCCCCGAGAUCAAUCCCCGCCCUUACCGCUUGCUGGAUUUGUUCUCGGUAGUCCCGAGUUCAACUCCUCAGUCACCCUUGUAAACAGCCAACUGGUUUGCCUCUGACCUGUUGGGAUUCUUAAACUUGUGGGUCACAAUGAAAACUACUGGUUUACCAGUAUCUUGUUACCCCUAUAAAGUCAUUUUUUGUGCCCAUGAAUAGGAGUGAUGGCCGAGAAGGCGUUGUGCGGAGAGGAGCAAAAUACUGUGAGCUCUAAUUAGUGUAAGAGAGAGGGCUAAUGGCCCCCGCCUUUUCUCCUCAAAUAGCCUCCUUUCUUCGCUAGCAAUCCUCUGCACCAACCCCUUGGAACACAACUGGUAACAAGUGUGUACCUGUCCCGUUUUACUGAUUAGCUGAACAUACUUGCGCUCCUUUGAUUUAAUUAGAAACUGUAUUUCGCUCCUUAUUGGUUCGGUAAUGAUCUAACUGACCCAGGAUGCUGCCAUGAUUUGAUACCGGAUUUUUAUUAGUCAUAGAAGUGAAAUAUUCGAGACGAAUUGUCUUUUAAAAAACACAACUCUUAAUCUCUGGUUUUGAGAUCGUGACGUGAGCUUCUGUCUCUCUCUCUUUUUUUAGAGCCAUCUUCAAUUGUGUCCUCGUUUUCCAUUGAGCUGUCCCAACAGCUGUGGUGUUUCACAGAUUCCACGCGAAGAAGUGAGCAAUGUUCUGGACGAUAUCAUGUUACUUGUUUGCCUCUUGUACAGUUCGCACAGGGCAUUCCACCCACUAAUGGUUUUCUCUGUUCCUUUUUCAGGUGAAUCGUCAUCUGUCUAACGACUGUCGCACGAAUCACAUUCAUUGUCCAUUUAAAUAUGUCGGCUGUGAACAUGAAGUGAGUCCUUUGUACAGUUAUGAAAAAAGUGCACAACAGUUACAGUAUAUUAAGUUUAGCAACUGCUUUUCAAUAACUUUUAUACCUGGGCUAUGAUUGAGGGCUUUACAACUGCCGCCUGACUUCCAAAUUUAAUGGACCAAUAAGAUUUUGGAGCAAAAACGUGCAAAAUAUUUUAGGUGCAGGAAAAUGUGCAAACAGUGUCCGGCGCGGGAAUGUAACCACAAGACAAAUGGUCUCCCUCCUACUCGCGUGCUUUGUAAAAUUCCUCUUUCUCUUCCCGUCCAGACACCUGGUAGGUUAGGAAGAAAGCGUGAUUGCUCUCACUUGUUGGAGAACAUUUUGACGGGUAAAAGCAGACACGAACUCUUGGUAUUCGACCUAAUUUUCAUAUACAAAUCAAUGACAAAACAACAGCAUGCAAGAACAUGCGCAUGUGCACAGACAUGUGUCGACACCAAGUAAAACCGAGUUGCAUAUUCGUAGGUGGUCUGAAAUUCUAAAUCUGGGAUAGGGGUCUAUUAAAUUCGUUUCCUUCUGCCAAGGUUAGAUAAAAUACUAAAACCAAAGCCGAAGAAUUGGACAACGUUCUGUUAUAAUUACAAAAAUUUUAGUAAACAGAGUUUUGAGAGAAAUUUGUUUCUAUUUCUUUGCAGUGUCCUCAGCGCAUUCUUGCGCAACACCUCGAAGACGACAUGAAAAAGCACCUUGAGCUCGUGUCACAGCUCGCUAUUGAUCAGCGAAAAGAGAUCAACGAGCUCCGUGAAAUUGUGAAACAUUGCAAACCUUUCGCCGACAGCAAGCUCUACUGGAAAAUAGACAAUUUCUGGGAGAAAUUCGCAGAGGCAAAGCACAAGACCGGAGUUGAGCUUCACAGUCCGCCCUUCUACACAAGUCCGUACGGUUACAAAUUCAAGGUUGUCAUGUUUCCAUACGGGAACGGAAGCGGUGAAGGUUCUCAUCUAUCGUUGUACAUCCGUCUUCUCCCGGGCGAGUACGAUACACUUUUAAAAUGGCCUUUUGAGGGUGAGAUCACUCUCUCGCUCUUGGACCAAAGCAGAGACCCCAGUAGGGGCCAACGGAACAUCAGCCAAUCAUUUAGUCCGGAUCCAAAUUGGAAAAGCUUCCAGAGGCCCAAUAAAAAUGGCGCCACCCUCGGAUUUGGUUACCCGCAAUUUGUUUCGCACCGCGGGCUAGAAUCAACGAACUAUGUGAAAGACAACUGUUUGUUUAUAAAAGCGACAAUCGACUGCAAAUAUUCAGCCGAUUUAUAACAAAAAGUUUCAACUGCCGACACAAAAUUCUUGCGGAAGCGCAUUAGUCAGUCAGAAGGACGGAUACCGGACUAUGAGAUAAAUAUAUAUCAACUUUUCAUACCGUUCUUAUCUUCUAACUAGGGAUUCAUUUCUACAAUUUAGUUUCAUGGCUCAUAAACGAACUAAACUUUCUAGACAAAUGCAUCAUUUUUAGGUUGCUUAGCAACUUAGCUGACAACACUGCGGGCGCGAUCAAUGUCCGCCCGGAUUGGGAGAAAAAUGAAAAUUUGGAAUAUUGAAAAGAAAGACACUUGGGUUAUAAUGUAAAGCUUAAGUGAUAGUGAUGUUUCUUUGCAAUUGCUGCACGCGUAAAAAUGCUGUGAAGACAAUUUCUUGUCUCCAUGUUGGCGCUAACGAGGGCGACAUUGGAGACAAUUCAUUGAAAAAACCUUCGACAAUUCUCAAGGUUUACCGAGACGACAACUUUAGAAAAUUGCUGUUAU